CUCCCGACACCAGAGCCCCGCCGGCGCCUAGCGCUCGCGGCUCCUGGCUCCUCCGCCUCCCCCUCCCCUUGGCCCCGCCGCCCGCCUAGGAGGUCCCACUCCCGGCUCGGACGCCUGGGUCGGCAGGGUAGAGCGAUGAGAGAGAUGCUGCCCCCACCGCCUUAGGCCCCAGGGAUCAGGAACUAUGGGGCCUGGGGCCCUCUCAUCUCUACCACUGCUGCUGCUCUUGGUGGCAACCGGAAAUGCUGACAUGAAGGGACACUUUGACCCUGCCAAAUGCCGCUAUGCCCUGGGCAUGCAGGAUCGGACCAUUCCCGACAGUGACAUCUCUGCUUCCAGUGCUUGGUCAGACUCCACCGCUGCCCGCCACAGCAGGCUGGAGAGCAGUGAUGGGGAUGGAGCCUGGUGCCCAGCAUCACCAGUGUUUCCCAAGGAGGAGGAAUACUUGCAAGUGGAUCUGCGGCAACUGCAUCUGGUGGCUCUGGUGGGCACCCAGGGACGCCAUGCUGGGGGCUUAGGCAAGGAGUUCUCUCCUAGCUACCGCCUGCGUUAUUCCCGGGAUGGCCACCGCUGGAUGGACUGGAGGGACCGCUGGGGUCAGGAGGUGAUCUCAGGGAACGAGGACCCUGGGGGCGUGGUGCUGAAGGACCUUGGUCCCCCUAUGGUGGCCCGACUGGUUCGAUUCUACCCUCGGGCUGACCGGGUCAUGAGUGUCUGCCUUCGGGUAGAGCUCUAUGGCUGCCUCUGGAGUGAUGGACUCCUAUCGUACACAGCCCCCGUGGGGCAGACCAUGUACCUCGCUGAGGCUGUGCAUUUCAACGACUCCACCUACGAUGGACACACUGUUGGCGGGCUGCAGUAUGGAGGUCUGGGCCAGCUGGCAGACGGUGUAGUGGGGCUGGAUGACUUUAGGAAGAGCCAGGAGCUUCGAGUCUGGCCGGGCUAUGACUACGUGGGAUGGAAUAACCACAGCUUCCCCAGUGGUUAUGUGGAAAUGGGGUUUGAGUUUGACAGGCUGAGGGUCUUCCAGGCCAUGGAGGUCCACUGCAACAAUAUGCACACUCUGGGAGCCCGUCUGCCUGGCGGGGUGGAGUGUCGCUUCAAGCGGGGCCCUGCCUUGGCCUGGGAGGGGGAACCUGUGCGCCAUGCCCUGGGGAGCAGCCUCGGGGAUCCCAGAGCCCGGGCUGUCUCAGUGCCCCUGGGGGGCCGUGUGGGCCGCUUCCUGCAGUGCCGUUUCCUCUUUGCGGGACCUUGGCUACUCUUCAGUGAGAUUGCCUUCAUUUCAGAUGUUGUGAAUGACUCAUUUCCAGCUCUGGGGGGCACUUUCCCGCCAGCUCCCUGGUGGCCACCGGGCCCACCUCCUACCAACUUCAGCACCUUGGAACUGGAGCCCAGGGGCCAGCAACCUGUGGCCAAGGCCGAGGGGAGCCCAACUGCCAUCCUCAUCGGCUGCCUGGUGGCCAUCAUCCUGCUGCUCUUGCUCAUCAUCGCCCUCAUGCUUUGGCGGCUGCACUGGCGUAGGCUCCUAAGCAAGGCUGAGCGCCGGGUGUUAGAAGAGGAGCUGACAGUUCAUCUCUCUGUCCCUGGUGACACCAUCCUCAUCAACAACCGCCCAGGUCUUCGAGAACCACCCCCUUACCAGGAGCCACGGCCUCGUGGAAAUCCACCCCACUCUGCUCCCAACAGCUCUGCCUGCAAUGGGGACUACAUGGAACCUGAGAAGCCGGGUGCCCCACUUCUGCCCCCUCCUUCCCAGAACAGCGUCCCCCAUUAUGCCGAGGCUGACAUUGUCACCCUGCAGGGAGUCACUGGGGGCAACACCUAUGCUGUGCCCGCACUGCCCCCAGGAGCGGUCGGGGAUGGGCCCCCCAGAGUGGAUUUCCCUCGGUCACGGCUCCGCUUCAAGGAGAAGCUUGGUGAGGGCCAGUUUGGGGAGGUGCACCUGUGUGAGGUAGAGAGUCCUCAAGAUCUAGUCAGUCUUGAUUUCCCCCUUAAUGUGCGAAAGGGACACCCCUUGUUGGUAGCUGUCAAAAUCCUACGGGCAGAUGCCACUAAGAAUGCCAGGAAUGAUUUUCUGAAAGAGGUGAAGAUCAUGUCACGGCUAAAGGACCCCAACAUCAUCCGGCUGCUGGGAGUGUGUGUGCAGGAUGACCCCCUCUGCAUGAUUACUGAUUAUAUGGAGAAUGGUGACCUAAACCAGUUCCUUAGCGCCCAUCAGCUAGAAGACAAGGCGGCUGAGGGGGCCCCAGGGGACGGGGACGCUGCCCAGGGGCCAACCAUCAGCUAUCCGAUGCUGCUGCACGUGGCAGCCCAGAUCGCUUCGGGCAUGUGUUAUCUGGCCACACUCAACUUUGUGCAUCGGGACCUGGCCACAAGGAACUGCCUGGUUGGGGAAAACUUCACGAUCAAAAUCGCUGACUUUGGCAUGAGUCGGAACCUGUACGCUGGGGACUAUUACCGUGUGCAGGGCCGGGCAGUGUUGCCCAUCCGCUGGAUGGCCUGGGAGUGCAUCCUCAUGGGGAAGUUCACCACUGCAAGUGACGUGUGGGCCUUUGGGGUGACCCUGUGGGAGGUGCUAAUGCUCUGCCGGGCCCAGCCGUUUGGUCAGCUCACUGAUGAGCAGGUCAUCGAAAAUGCGGGGGAGUUCUUCCGGGACCAAGGCCGGCAGGUGUACCUGUCCCGGCCCCCUGCCUGUCCGCUGGGCCUAUAUGAGUUGAUGCUGCGGUGCUGGAGCCGGGAGCCUGAGCAGCGACCACCCUUUUCCCAGCUGCAUCGGUUUCUGGCAGAGGAUGCGCUCAACACAGUGUGAAUCCCAGCAUUCGGCCAUUAGGGAGAAUUCAGGGGAAGCAAAAAGAGAGGACUGAUGGAACUCCGCCUCGUCACCCCCAUCACCUCUGAAUCCUGUGAUUGCACCUGCCAAGGGAGCGACACCCUUCCUGCCUGGACAUGCUCUCAUGCACCUCCUUGUACCUACUCCCAUCUCUACUCCUGGAAGCUCCCACCACCCACCCAGCUGGCCCUGUGGAUGGGAUCCUCUCUGACCUCUUCCGGCCAUCCCUUGGGGGAGGGUGGGGGCAAAGACAGGGCAGACACUGGAUGUGGCCUGUUGGAGCAGCUGGGCCCCACUGGACAACACUGGUUUCUGGAGAGAUGGCUGUGGGCCCCCACCCCCACCCCACCCCAGCCUCUCUUUCAUUUCCGUCACACACUGGACUCUUCUGGCUGAGAAUUUGUGGGGUGAGGACAAGGGAGAACAGCGCAUUCCCAGGUGCCCACUCCUGACAUGGUCCUCAGCUUUGGUUUCUCCUUCCUCCAUCCCCUGAAACACUGGACCUGGGGGUGAUCACAGCCCCCACCCCCACUUCCUUCUGCCGUUGUGUAGCUAGAACGUCUCUAAAGCUCUACGAUUCUGUGGAAUAAUACUGGGAUUAGGGGAAAGAGGGAGCAAUGGCCUGUGGCCCUGGGCUUGGACAUCUCUAUUGUAGCUGCCACAUUGGUUUUUCUAUAAUCACUUCUAGAGGGGUUUGUACAUUUUUUUUUUGAGGGAAGAGACACAGAUUUUUACACUAAUAUAUGGACCUAGCUCAAGGUAAUUUUAAUCCCCUGCUCUAGGCAGGUAAUAAUAAAGGUUGAGUUUUCCACAA